AGUCGUUUUCAAAUUCCACCGCGAACAAGAGCGAACAAGUUUCAUCAUCCGUUUUUUCUUGUAAAAUGGCUGAAAAAAAAGGAAAUAAACAAAAAAGCUCUUCUACAAAGAAAGGGAAGCGAAAAGGUUUAAAGAACGAUGGCGUAAGUUUUAUGCGGGAGGUGUUUCUUUAAAAAUAAGAAAGUUGUUUUAUUAUCGCCCUGUUGAUAAAUAACCAGUUGAUUGAUAUUGCUUGUCUGAUUUUCGUGAUCAACUUCCAAACAGAUGACUAUUGCAACAGCAGUAACUCCUUCGGUAGCUAUUACUGCUUCUCCAAGAAGUUCUCCUGUUCCAAAACAGGAUGUAUCAACAACAAUGAAUUCGGGCCUUGCUUCUACAGUAUUAAAUUCGUCAAUAAUGCACAGGUUUUUCUCCCCUCCCGAUCAUGAUAUAGAAAUUCAUACGGAUACAGAUACAACUUUAUACGAUUACGCCAACGCACGAAGUCCAUCACCGUAUGUGAAGUUAAUUUGCUUAGUUUCCUAUCUUUAAAACCAACUUAAAUAGGCUUUCUUUGCUUAAUCUCGAUAUUGUGUUUAUUCUCUUUCUUGUGUUAGUUCAACAUAGCGCUUUUAUGUAUUUCUGCAUUCAGAAUAGAAUCACCUAAUAUUUUCUAAUCUGUUAUUAACGCCUUUAAGCACACUCUUGGCAAAUAUCUCUUACCGAAAGCUGCAUUCGUCGGUUUACCCUAUCACUAUCCUCUGCCUGAAAACAAUAUUCAAGCUGUUGCCUUUUCAUCAGCACGAAUUGUUACAGAACUUAUAGGACCAACUACAAAUUCUUAUUCAAAUGUAGAUAAUAUAAAUGAUCCCUGGUAAGCCUAACAAUCAUCUUAAGUAUUUAAGAUUCAAACUCGUGACACAUCCAGAUUUAUCUCUUAAUUUUUCUAUUUUUCUGAUCAGAUUAUUUGUGUAGUAAUAAUUAUUACUGUUUCAUUUUCUGCUUUAAUUUUUGUUGUUAUAUAUCGCUAUACUAAUAUUUAUCACAUUACAAAAGCUACGAUACCAUUGAAAGACGGGGUGACUGGAGAACAUCACCGGAUCCCCCAUUACCUCCAGAAGGAUUUCGAGGAGAUGAUAGUGAAGAUGAUUUAGAUGGGGAUAUUUCCCCACCAGUGCCUCAAAAAGUUGAUAACCUCCUUGAAGGAUUGUACUCUAGCGUAAAUAAAACUUCGCUUGAAAGGAAUGUUUUAGAAACUGUUGUAAAAAAACAAUCGCCCAUUCAUACCACUGUUGAAGUGCAUGAAGUUGAAAAAAAAGCAACAGUCGAUUCAGAUAGCAUUACUUCUGUAACAGAAGAUAACAAUUCCUUUGAAGAAGCUCCAAUUGAAAAUCAGGAAGUAAAUACCUUAGGAAAUAGAUCCACGACCCCUUUCUCUUUCCAUAGUGAUAAGGUGAAAUACCUGGGCUUCUGAUCACAAUAGCUUGCUUCUAUUACAAAAGUUAAAUGAACUAAUCUGUAAUUGUAAAUGUAAUUACUAGAAGAUAUUUCACUGUCAUUUAUAGACAUAUUGAUUUAUACUCUUAUGAUUUGGUAUGCAUGGAGUUAGUUUAUGCUAUUUUUUUCAGCCUUCGAUAGGAUUUCUUCAAGGGUGAAUCAGCCUGAGCUUUCACGAAACUCACCAACCGCCACGAAAUCCCAAUGGCCUAGAUCUCGUGACGCUACUGAUGAUGUUCGACUUUCAUACGGCUCUAGAGGGUCUCGAGUAUCAAAAUCCUCAUUAAAUGUUACCAAAUCAUCUCUUAAGUCAACUAUGAGAUCGAUAGAAGAUCAAAUUAUCCCCUCCACUCGAGUAAGUUUCGAACAAGCUAGUGGGGCUCUUUCACCAGGGGAAGCUACUUUACCUUUAGGACAAACAGAUUUACUUUCAACUCUAUCAACUUCCCCAAAAAUUGCCCAACUGAGAGAAAAAACCGAAAGACUCGAAAGAGAAAUAGAAGAAUUAAGAGAAAGAGAUAGAUCAAGAGGACACGAGGAAAGUGGCCUUGACGACGAUGAACCAUCUCAAGUUCAGAGCACUCUUCAAUCCGUGACAAUUGAUAAGCAAGAUGAAUAUAUCAAGAACUUAAAAAAUGAAAUGAUAGCUAAAGACAGAGAAUGGAUGAACAUACUGGAAAGGGUGAAGAUACUCGAGAGAGGCAGAUCAGAACCCCAGCAGCAAACACCAAGAACGUCUAGAAAUAUGAUAAAAGGGCUUCAAGACCAAGUUGACAAAUUAACGAAAGAAUUAUCCGAUUAUCAACUUCACUACAAGCCCCCUCCGAGAUCUCAAGAAUUAUUUCCUGAUGGCAGGAGUGUUCCUUCCUGGUGGAUUGAUCCCAGAUAUCUAUCUCCUCUUUUCCUCGAAUAUGACGAGAGAUUAAAAGAGUUCUCCAGAUACAAAGAAGGAUUUUUUAAAUUGAAAGAAGAACUUCAAAUAAUAAUUGAGGAGAACAAUAGAUUACAUAUACGCUUGGAACAAGAAGCAGGAGGUGAACCAAUAACGAUGAGCGAAUGGAAGAAAAUGCAAGAGCACUGUAAACUUGUCAUAGAAGAAAAUCAGCUUCUCUUGGAACAAUUAGAUGUUCAACAAGGAAAAGAACGGGACAUAAUUGCUGCUCAUUCUUAUGAAAUUAAUAAAAUAACAAAGCAAUUCACGGAAUCUAAAGCAGUGAAAGAAGCUCUUCAGAUUGAAGUAAAAGAAUUAAGAGACAAGUGCGUUACAUUAAAAAAAUCACUAGAUGAUGCCCUUAUAGAUGCCCAAUGUAAUGUACCACAUGACGAACAUUCCAAAGCCAUUGCAGAAUUUAAACAAAAGAGAUCUGAGGAAUUGGAUAAAUGGGAAUCAGAAAAAAAUAUUUUAAGAGAUAAACUUUCAGAAGCUGUAACUGAGAAAACAACGGCGGUUGUAAAAGCUGAAGAUUUGGAAUUUGUUAAUAAACAACUAAGAAAUGAAAUAAAACAAUUAUCCAAACAUUUACGUAAAUCUCGUAGAAAGGUUGAGCUGAUGCAACACAUUCUAAAACAAGCGGAUCUUAAGGGUCAAUCUAUUGAACAAUAUUUGCAAGCCGUUGUGAAAGCGGCUGAAAGAGCGGCAUUUGAGAGAGAUAGUCUGAAAAAAACUGUACAUCAUAAGGAAAAAGAAAGACAAAAAAUACUUAAGGAAAACUUCUUAAUAGAAAAGCAAAAAUUAGUAAAUAAAGAAAAGUUAAAAUCAGUUAAGCUGAAAGCUGAAGAAAAGAUUGAAGAAGUCUGUGAGUCACUGAAGGAGAAGGAUAUAGAAAUGAAAAAAUUAUCUGAUCAGUACGAAAGAGAGAUGAGACAUCUUAGAUUGCUGAUAAGAGAUAAAGAGUCCGAAUUAGAACGCACACGAUGCGAAAAAGAGUCUCUAGAACAAGAUCUUGAACAAGUUUGGAAGAGUACAAUGGAAGAAAAUAGGAGAUUAAGAAUAGAAAGUAAAAAAAGUGAAUUAAGUCAAGCUGACAGAUCAGCCAAAACCAUAACCGAAAAAGAUGAAUCCAGUACUUAGGAUGUUUUAAAAACAUAGAAAGGCAACAAUCAUGUAAUAGAUAUAUUUGAUAUACCUGCAGCUUUAAGAGUGUUUGAUAAACUUUAACAUUAACAGAUCGAUCACAAUGUGUUUAUAAUUAUUAUUGAAAAAUUGGUAUUUUCAUUUAGCAGCUGAUUGAAAAAUGGAUGCAGUUUUAUUUUUUUCAAAAAUGAAUAUUAAUAAAAAUUAAAAUC